GAAAAUAUAACAACUGUGUUAAAUCUGUGAAGAGAAAUUAAAAAUGCCAGGCCUCACCAUUGGAGAUGACCUUUCUAAUCUGGAAGUAGAAACCACUCAUGGAAAGAUGAAACUCCAUGACUAUGUUGGUCAUAGCUAUACCAUUCUCUUUUCUCACCCAGGUGAUUUUACGCCAGUUUGUACAACGGAGCUUGGUAUGAUGGUUGCUUACGCUAACAAGUUUGGUGAACGAGGAGUGAAGCUUCUUGGACUUUCUUGUGAUGAUAUUCAUUUUCACAAGGAGUGGAUCAAGGACAUCGAAGCUUACAACAAUGGACAUAAGGUGACAUACCCAAUAAUUGCUGAUCCGAAGAGAGAAUUGAUUAAGGAACUGAACAUGGUGGAUCCAGAUGAGAAAGAUUCCUCUGGCCAAAAAGUCCCUUCUCGUGCUCUUCAUAUUGUUGGCCCUGACAAGAAGGUUUACUACAACACAGAUCUCAACCUUAAUUUGCUUCAUCUCUUCUCCAAUUAAGCUAUUCGUUUUGUUCCAUGUUGACCUACAUUUUUCACUUCUAAAUUCAAAUCAACCGAAAUUUAAUUUUACUUUUCUUUUCUA